AUGUCAUCUAACGAAUACUACGGCUCAGGCGACCAGUCCAGGUACAACAACAAUGCCGGUACCGGUACCGGUUCCGGUUCCGGUGCAGGGGACUACAACAGGUCCGCGAACGCAGGGGGUCCAGACGGCGAAGAAGGAGACAGGGGCAUCCUCGGCUCCAUUGCAGGCGGUGUCGCUGGCGGAUGGGGAGGCCACAAGGUUGGAGGCGAGAGCCACGGCAAGUUGGGCACCGUCUUGGGUGUGAUUGGCGGUGCGAUCGGGGGCUCGAAAUUGGAAGAUGGAUGGAAGGAGCACCGUGAGGAGAAGAAGUUCGAAGAGAAAUACGGUAGAAACGAAGGAGAGUAUGGAAGAAACGAAGGUGGGUACGGUGGUCAUGGUGGUAGAAGAGAUAACGAGUAUGGAUCCAGUGGCAACUAUGGCAAUGAGAGAAGAGAUGGAGGUAAUGACAGCUAUGGCAGUGACAGAAGAGACAAUUACGGCGGGAACGACAGCUACGGUUCUGGCAACCAAGGCAGCGGCCAUCACCACAAGCACCAUGGAAACCAAGGCGGUUUCGGCGGUGGCAAUAACGACAAUUACGGAUCCGGCAACCAGGGUGGCUACGGUGGUGGUAAUGAUAACUACAGAUCUGGCAACCAGAGCGGAUACGGCGGAAACGACAACUACGGUGGAAACAGCGGCCGUCAAGGUAACUGGUAA